GCAGUUGUCUCAAAUAAAGGCACCCAGGUGAGAAUCCGUGUUCCAAAACGGUCCAAGGCAACGCAGUAUGAAAUGGAUCAUGACCCACCUCGUCCUAUGAAUAUCACUGAGGAGCCGCAGCCAAUUAUAAGUUCGACGCCGAAAAAGAAGUCAGAGCCACCCGUGCCAUUGGUUGAAAACCUCGACAGCUCUGUCCCGUUUGACGCUUCGCUGUCCUAUGCCGACAACGAAAAGAAGGAUCCGACAUGGAAUAUUGAUAUGGAGGAUGAUGAUGUGAAUGCAUCCGUGGAUUCACCGCAGCAAUUAGUCCUUGAAACGAUGAAACUUUUUGUUGUGCAAGAAACAAACCUGAUGCGACUUUUUAGCGCUGCCUGGCCUGUGGAAGCGGUGCUACUGAAGCAGACAUUUGCAGCCGCAAUGGAACGAUGAUAACAGUGGAGCAGCUGUGUAUUGACUGCGCCACAACCACGAGAUGGUACAGUCAGGAACUGAUUGCAUCGAAUUCAAUUCCUUUGGGGAAUAUACAGUUAUCAACGGCCAUGAUAUCCACUGGGGCAAUUCCCUUACGAUUUCUCAGAACUUUGGAUUUUUGGGGAUUGUAUGGCAUCAACCCGUCGACAUACUUUAAUCACCAGAGACGAUUUAUACAUCAAGCAGUGAGGAAUCUGUGGGAAGACGAGAGUAUCGACUGCCUUGCGAAAUUGGAGGAUUCAGUCCAGUUUUCAGGAGACGCCCGAUGUGACAGCAUGGGCCAUUGCGCAAAGUAUGGGUCAUACUCUCUACAUGACACUGACUUGAACAAGAUAGUAGCAAUGGAGUUGGUGCAGGUCUCGGAAGUGAAAAAUAGCUACCACAUGGAGCUUGAGGGACUUGACAGGGCGUUGACAUAUGUGGAGCAAGCACUUCCCCAUGUCCAGAUCAAGCUGACAACUGACGGGCACAAGUCCAUUGCCAAGUGGCUUCGAGAGGAUAAAUCAGAAACAAUCACUCACUACCUAGACAUAUGGCAUGUUGCUAAAGGCAUAACGAAGAAGCUAAAAACGUUGAAGAAGUGUCCUUUGGUGGAUCAGUGGCAGGGAAGCAUUGUCAACCAUCUCUACUGGUGCGUGAAAACAAUUGGAGACAAUGUUGAUGAAAGGAUUGAAAAGUGGAAGUCGGUUGCUAACCACAUAGCCAACAUCCAUAAACACGAGAGCAAACUAUUCCCCAAAUGCCUCCAUAGUCACCGUGUGUGCAAACGUGGUAGAAAAAAGAAAUGGUUCGAAGCAGGUUCUGAAGAUCAUGACAAGUUAUGCAAGGUGCUCCUGAACAAAGACCUCCUGAAGAGUGUGGCAAAAUUGAGCCCUCAAGGACAGACCUCAGGCCUCGAAGGUUACCACAGCUGUCUGCUACAUUUUUGUCCCAAGAUGUAUCACUUUGGAUACAAUGCUAUGACCAGCAGGUUACAAAUAGCCGCAAUGCACUUCAACGAAAACGCAGGCAGAGACCAAGGCAUCACCAAAGACGGAAAACCUUACUUCAACAUGACGAAUCCAAGGAGUAGAGAAAGACGUUCCAUUGUGGUCCCUGUGAAGGGUUCCAACAUUUGAGCCACCUCAAGUCAUUGGAAAGCAUGGGAAAUUAAGCAUGCUCGUGAGGAAGGUCACUGUGAUCCGAAGAAGUCUGUAUGAUCAGUCUCGGCUGGGAAAGAUUGGCGGAAAGAGUGAUCGACAGUAGAUGAUGGCUGAGCGGGCUUCUUCCUGACGGAAAUGAGGGCGCAGUGAUCCGGCCUCCAUUAAAUUACGAACUGAUAGAGGAGG